GUGCUCGUGGAAUAGGGUUGUUGCUUGCUGAGACGUUAUCGAUCAAGAACGUGGUGAUCGUAGUGCUGCAUAUACGAAAGCCAGAGAUAGAGCAUCCUAAUAUUGUCUUUUUUGAAUGUGACGUAUCCAAGUACGAUCAGGUGCAGAAAAUUGCCAAGGAAAUUAUUGCCGAGGUCGGUCACCCUACGAUAAUCAUCAAUAACGCUGGCGUAGUAAAGGGAAAGAACAUAUUAGAUGAAUCAGAAGAAGAAAUAUUAAGCACAGUCGGUACCAAUCUUCUUGCUUCGUUUUGGAUAACCAAGACAUUCCUGCCCGAAAUGGUUGGGAAGAAUCAUGGACAUAUUGCUGUAUUCUACAACGCGAGUAAUGUCCGAUGCACACUUGUUUGUCCUGGGCAAGUAGAGACUGGCAUGUUCGACGGAGUAUCGUGCAAAUACCCAUUCUUCGCUCCAACCCUUGCCCCAAUUGAAAUCGUGAAAAAGAUUAUAACCGCAUUAGACAAGAAUGAGACAUCAGAUAUUUUGAUCCCGUAUCACGUCAAUAUGAUGCCAGUGCUCAGAGCACUGCCCGGAUUCCUAAAUGAUUGGGUUUAUAAGAUGAUGGAUGCUGACGAUGCAAUGAAGACUUGGAAUGAUACGCGCGACAAAUCGAAAAAGCAGUAA